AGACGGGAGCACCUUCCCAUUCCUCUCCCGCGGCUCGCACUUCCUCGACCCGCGCACCCUCGGCGAGCAGCGGAUGCCAGCGACGCUCAGCCGGGCGGCGUCAGGAGCAGCAGCCUCGAGCGAGGCUCAACCCAGGGCGGUGCGCCCACGACCGGCAGCGGACGACGGCAAGAGGGAGGCGGGCCUUGUGCUGGCCCGCGGCUUCGCGAAGGGCGAGAAGCAGGCCUGGGGGCUGAUGAUGCGCCAGACCUUGCGCACCGCCCAGCAGAUGAGGGAGAUGCAGAGCGCCUUGCUAGACGUCUUCCUGGUACCAGAAGACGCGCAGAUAGCGCUGGCCAUGCAAGAACAAACAUCCAUGUACAGCGACGCGGUCAAGAACCAGAAGAACCACACCUUGGGCCCACCCCACAUCUGGGCGAUGGGCGGAAUGCUCAAGACCUUCAAGAACGUCAACCCGAACGGCACGGACCAACCGAUCACUAUGACACGCGAACUUCACGCAGAGAUUGUGAAAGCCCACGACGAGUACGCAGAGUACCCAGUGGAGAAAAAGUGCGACCUGGUCUUGAUCUGCAAAGUGGAGAAGGUUUUCCAGAGGGGGAAGAAAAAAAUCACGCUGUGCCUCCGCAACCCGCAGUUCCGCGAGAUGAUCCUGAGCGCCUGCAAGGGCAUCGACCAGAUGGAGUUGAAGCAGGGGCGUGCACCGAGCAGUCAUUUAGAGAGGGAGCUUCAGACGCUCCUGGAGACCAUGGAGG